UCAACGCCAGGGGGCGGUGGGUGGCAAAACUUUCGAGCAGACAAAGAUGGCGGUACGGAAGAAAGACGGCGGCCCGAAUGUAAAAUAUUUCGAAGCGUCUGAUACCGUCUCGCAGUUCGACAAUGUCCGGGUUUGGCUGGGCAAGAAUUAUAAAAAGUAUAUUCAAGCAGAGCCCCCCACCAAUAAAUCUUUGUCGAGUCUGGUGGUUCAGCUCCUUCAGUUUCAGGAGGAAGUGUUUGGCCGGCAUGUCAGCAACCCUCCCCUCACUAGACUACCGAUAAAGUGUUUUUUGGAUUUCAAAUCUGGAGGAGCUCUGUGUCAUAUUCUGGCUGCUGCCUACAAGUUCAAGAGUGAUCAAGGAUGGAGGAGAUUUGACUUCCAGAAUCCUUCGAGAAUGGACCGCAAUGUUGAAAUGUUCAUGACUAUAGAAAAGUCUUUGGUACAGAAUAACUGCUUGUCCCGACCUGUGAUUUACCUGAGUUCAGAGAUAGAGCCCAAGCUACUGGGAAAACUGAAGGAUAUCAUCAAACGACACCAGGGAUCUGUGACUGAAGAUAAGCUGUCCAGCUCUCAUGUAGUGGUGCCUAUUCCUGCUAGUCUGGAGGACGAAGAGUGGGUUCGUCCUGUAAUGAAGAGAGACAAACAGAUGCUGCUACACUGGGGCUACUGGCCUGAUAGUUAUGACACAUGGAUCUCAGCCAGUGAGGUGGAGGCUGCUGUGGAGGAUCCGCCCACUGCUGAGAAACCCAGGAAGGUCCAUGCCAAGUGGAUUCUGGACCUGGAUCAGUUUAAUGAGUGGAUGAAUGAGGAAGACUAUGAGGUGGGAGAAGGAGGGCCGAGGAGGAAGAGAAUUUCAGCAAAGACUCUCACAGAUGAAGUGAGCGCUCCAGAUGAAAGGAGGGAUAAAAAACCCAGCAGUGCCAAAAAAAGGAAGCGCUCCCCGUCUCCAUCUCCUACCCCUCCACCACAGGAGAGCAAGAAGAAAAACACCAAGAAAGGGCCCACUACUCCCUACACUAAGUCCAAACGAGGACAAAGAGAGGAAGAACAGGAAGAUCUGACUAAAGAUUUAGAUGAACCCUCACCUGUGCCUGCAGUGGAGGAAGCAACACUACCUAAAACAGUGACUAAGAAGGACUCAGAUUCUACUCCAGUGAAAGGAGGCACUAUGACUGACCUGGAUGAGCAAGAGGAUGAAUCAAUGGAGACUGUUGGGAAGGAGGAAGAAGAAGGUUCUCCGAGUGUGAAAGGAGAACCGGUGAAGGGUUCGGACCUUCAUGAGGAUAAUGUCACUGAACAGACCCAUCAUAUCAUAAUACCUAGCUAUGCUGCUUGGUUUGACUAUAACAGUGUCCAUGCUAUAGAGCGCAGAGCACUGCCUGAGUUUUUCAAUGGGAAAAACAAGUCAAAGACACCUGAAAUUUACCUGGCAUACCGUAACUUCAUGAUUGACACGUACAGACUGAACCCACAGGAGUAUUUGACCUCUACAGCAUGCCGUAGGAACCUGGCUGGAGAUGUUUGUGCAAUUAUGAGGGUCCAUGCAUUUCUGGAACAAUGGGGCCUGAUUAACUAUCAGGUGGAUUCAGAGAGUCGGCCCACUCCCAUGGGGCCUCCACCCACCUCACACUUUCAUGUGCUGGCAGAUACUCCAUCAAGUCUGGUACCACUACAGCCUAAAGCAUCCCAGACUUCCUCCUCUCAGCAGAUGCUCUCAUUCCCAGACAAAGUCAAGGACAAACCAGCCGACUUGCAGAACUUUGGGUUAAGGACAGAUGUGUACAGUAAGAAGAGCGGUCCUGCUAAAACUAAAAAUGCUGCCAGUGCCACUCGGGAAUGGACAGACCAGGAGACACUGCUACUGCUGGAGGGUCUAGAGAUGUAUAAAGAUGAUUGGAAUAAAGUAUCGGAACAUGUGGGCAGCCGCACACAGGAUGAGUGCAUCCUCCACUUCCUGCGUCUACCAAUCGAAGACCCCUACCUGGAGGAUAGCUCCUCCUCCCUAGGCCCGCUGGCCUAUCAGCCAGUUCCGUUCAGUCAGGCGGGAAAUCCUGUCAUGAGCACUGUGGCAUUCCUGGCCUCUGUGGUUGACCCUCGAGUGGCUUCUGCUGCGGCUAAAUCAGCACUUGAGGAGUUCUCUCGAAUGAAGGAGGAAGUACCAGCUGCGCUGGUGGAGGCUCAUGUGCGUCGAGUGGAGGACGCGGCCAGAGCCAGCGGGAGGCCAGACCCUCUCUACGGCCUGGAGGGCAGUGGCAUAGCAGGAACCGGCCUUGAGGAUUCUGACAAACCCUCUGAGGAUGGAAGUGAGGAGAAUAAGAGCAGUGAUGGUCAAUCUAGCCAAGAUAAAAGAGAAAAUAAGGAGAUCAAAGAUGGAGCCAGUGAGGAGGAAGAAAAACAAGGAGAGAACGGCAAGAAAGAGGAAGAGAGAGCGAGAGAAGGGGAGACAGACAGAGAGACAGAGAAAACAGACUCAGAAAUGGCUGAUGGCGAGAAGGAGAAAGAACAGAAGGAGGGAUCAGAAGAGGGUCAGAGGGAUGGAGAGAGUGAAGGGGAGAAGAAAGCAAAGGUGGAGAGAGAUGUAGGAGAGGGAAACCUGGCCACUGCUGCUGCUUCAGCACUCGCUGCUGCUGCCGUGAAAGCUAAGCACUUGGCAGCAGUAGAGGAAAGGAAGAUCAAGUCUCUGGUGGCUCUGCUGGUAGAGACCCAGAUGAAGAAACUGGAGAUCAAACUCCGACACUUUGAAGAGUUGGAAACCAUCAUGGACAGAGAGAGAGAAGCACUAGAGUAUCAGAGGCAGCAGCUUCUUGCUGAUCGUCAGUCGUUUCAUAUGGAGCAGUUGAAGUAUGCAGAGAUGAGAGCCCGACAGCAACACUUCCAGCAGAUCCAACACCAGCACCAUAGCAACCAGCCUGGCAAUCAGUCUGGCAGUACUCCAUCUGUACCCCACCAGCCUGUCACUAACGCGUCUGCCCCACCCCCAACACAAAGCCCCGCCUCCGUGAGCGCCACUAAUGCCCACAAUGAAGCUCCACCACCCGCCUCUCACAGUUCUCCCCCAACCAACGCACAGACUGGAGCAGCGCAUGAUUCCAGCACUCCACUAGCAGGGGAUUCUCUCUAUCCAAAUGCCCCUGUGCCUCCAACACAGUAAAAGAAAUGGUGAGAUUUAAAGAGGAUCAAUGAUUCCAGUGAAGAAAAUGAAGGAGAUUAGAUAGAAAGCAAAAGAGACAGAGAUAAAGGGAGCGAUAUCUUCUUUUUUGUCACUUGCAUCAUUUUUGGGAGUUUUUUGUUUGAAUGUUUUUUUGAUGGAAUCUUGAAUAUGACGUCAUUCAAAAUAAAUAGCUAAAGCUAAACACAGAUAACCUUUAAACUGACUGACAAAUAAAACAGAAAAAAAGACCUUUGGUUUGGACUUUUGGAAAGGUCUUAAACUGAAAGCCCUGUUAACACUCAACAAAAAGCACUCCUUACCCAAACAGCCUUCAUCCAAGUACCAGGCACAAAGCUCAAUAUACCCUUGUCCGUCCUCCAUUUUCAGUAACAUCUCUUAACUUUGAGCCGAACCACAGGAUCCAGGAUACCUGUGAUCUGCACUCCAGAAGCAUCUCAAUGUACUUUAGGUACUCAAAUGGAAACAAACAUACAAAAGAAAACCACGAACAGAUUGCACUUUGAGAAUGUUUCCGAAUCUUACUUUUUUUGGAGGGAUGAAGCAUAAAGUCAAAAUUAGCCCUGACUUAAUGUUUUCUUUUAACGACGUUAUUUUUAUCACUUAAUCUUUGUAUUCGUUUCAUAGAAGCACUUGAUUUGGAGUAAGUCUGAAGAGAAACUUGACUUUGUUAUCGUUAAUUUGUAUACGUGUGUGUGAAUGUCGGUUUUGCUUUUGGGACAAUGUGAAAGCUUCAGUGGUUUGGCCUGUUUUUUUAUGUACAAUUAGAUUUUAGCAUGAUAAAAAAAAGAGAGAGAGACAAAUUAGUAUUAAAUCUGUUUACUUUGUCUCUGACAACAUGUACUGUAAGCUUGGAAAUCAUGUCAUCAAUAAUUGAUGUUUGCAUGUUAUUUUUUGGGUAUGUGUGUACGUCAUUACCACAAAAUAUAAGUUACUCUACAUUUCUAACAGGUGAAAGCAGUUGUUCAUUCUCAUCUCAUUGCAAUGCUUGUGAGAAUACUUAAAUAUCGGAAUGUAUGAUUAAUCGCCAAUUAAACAAUUUUGGGAAACACAGCAAGGAAUCAUAUUGGUUCCUCAACUCAAAUAGAGUUGAAUCAUUUUAGUGAGAUCAUAUUGCACAUUUUAGUAUCCAGUGUUCAUACCAGUACUCAUGUCUCAGUUCAGAUUGUUAACCCUUGUGCGUCAAUUUAAAAAAAGUUACACAGAGUUCCUUAGAGGACAAAAAUGUCUGUUAAAAACAGUCAUAAAAAUAUUAUAUAUUAAUUUUUUUUCCACUUUCUGUGACAUAAAUGUUUUUACCAGCAUCCAUCCUGAUCAUAACUACCAAAAAUGCAAUUAUUUUGUAGGAUUUUAACCCUUUAAAUGCUAGUUUGUUUACAUAAUGCCACUGUUUUUCAUGAAAAAAGUCAUUAUUUUCCAUGUACUAAGCACUAAACUAAAAUCAUUUUCAAAAUGUUUUCAUCACUUGAAAUAAAAUAGACAACAUAAAUAACAUAAAAUAAAUAACAUUCUCACACACAAAAAGUUUUCAGUACACUCAUAAGAACCACACUAUAAAUAUGGAAAAUAGUAAAAAAAAAAAAAAAAAAAAACAAUUAAGUUGUAAAAAUGUUGACAAAUGAGAGCCUGUUAAAAAAGAAUCCAUUAUUUUAUGCUUAAUGACACUGGGAUUAAAUAUUGUUGUUUUAAUGGGUUUCACUAGGGACAUUUUUGUCCUUAAGGUCCUGAGUUUAACUAAUUUUAUGCCUAGAGUAAAAUACAUUUAUGAAAGGAAAUAAAGGUGGAAUUUUAAAAUUCCAAAAAAAAAAAUUAAAAAAUUUUGACAAAAUUUAUGCUGUUUACAUUAACAGCCAAAAUGAUAAAAAUAACAAAAAUGAAAAAGGACACACAAGGGUUAAAGAAUGUGUUGUGUGUGUGUUGUACGGGUGUUUUAGUAACAGGCCAAACCCACAGAAAGUAUUAACGACAUGAAGGAAAAAAUGUUUUGUUUUACAAAAAAUUAGUGGCAACUACCUGAUGAGUAGGGACAAGGGAUUUUAAAGCUAUGUUUUCAGCUGUGGUCUGUGUAUCUCAUAUCUUCAUAUUGUAACUGUCCUAUUUUUGUAUUUUUAUAUGUUUCUUUACACCAUUACGAAUGACAUAAUGCUGUUACCAUAUUAUACAUGUCUGUAAUGUUUCCUUCUCUUUCUGACUUUGGAUGUUGUCGUAUUAUGACAUGUUCAUGUGUAAAGUGUCAGUCACUUUAUACGAUGAAGCUGGACUCUUUGUGUGUGUGUGUGUGUGUGUGUGUUGUGCAUGCACUCUUUGAUUUGCCACACAUCUUUUUGUAUGUACGUAUGUUUGGUUUUUUAUUUUAAUCUACAUUAAUUUGCAGUGUUUCCAAACUACAAAUGCUAUUAGUGAUGGAUGUACAAUCUGCCGAUAUCAGAAUUGACAAACUCAUACACUCCCGCUGUGAUAGUACCUGCAGUUUACAUCCUCACACAUGUAUGUGAAUGCACACAUAUGCAGUAGUCCAACAUGCAGUAUUACUGACAGAACAGAUUCACAUCAACCUCACAGUUUUGCACACCUCAUAAUCAGUGUUGAAAAUGUAAUUUGAUCAAUUUGCUCAGCUCUUUGGUCUUUGUCUUUUAUAUUUUAGUGGUAUAACUAGUUGUCGUUUUUUUAAUUUUUACAUUUUGUUUACACUUUAUUUUUUUAAUGGUGAAAGCUGGUAACCAUUGCAUUGAGAUGUGUGUGAAUGUUUGAAGAUGUUCAGUUCGACCUUUGAGGAGAUGUAGCAGGAGCUGUCUAACACCUGUUUGAUUUAGAAUGGAUCGAUUUUGGUUUCAAAAAUACUGAACGUUUCUGCACAAUAAAAGGCAUCAUCAGUGA